UCUCUCUCUAUUGUCUUUGUGGUCAGUGUAUCUAUCUAUGAAUUAAAAACCAAAGACAUGCUUUAACACGUGCUCUCUCUUUCUCUCUCAUUCAUUAUACUUUCAUAGACUUUUCUCUUGACUCAGUUACACUUCUCAAGAGGGAAGAGAGAGACAAAGAGUUUUAGCUUCUGUAACAUUUUUUAGUUUUGUUACUACAACAAUGAAAGGGGAAAUAAAAAUGAAGUCAAAAAUCAAAUGGGUUGGUUUAGUUGGGAUAGUACUUUCAGCUUUUUCAAUCUUCAUUCAUUUUCUAUUAGCUAGAUUCACUCAACUUAGUGUUUCUGAUUAUCAAUCUUCAAUCACUAUCUUCUCUUGGAGACCCAUCUUUGAUAAACCAGAUUUUCCUACUAAUAGUGGUUCAUAUAGAAGAUUAUGGGGACAGGUAAAGCGUCUUGAAUCUUUGUAUCCAGAUUCAAAUCCAAGAGGGUAUUAUCCAGAUCCUGGUUCACAAUCAAAUGGAUUUAUUUUUGUCCGGAUACAAGGUGGUUUUCAUGAGAUCAGAAAUUCGAUAUCUGAUGUUGUUGUUGUUGCUCGACUUCUCAAUGCUACGUUAGCAAUGCCUGAAAUCCAAUCAACAACCAGCAGCAAGGGAAUAAGCUCGCAGUUCAAGAGUUUUGCAUACCUAUAUAACGAGGACCAAUUUAUAUUCUCAUUAGCAAAAGAUGUCAAAGUAAUAAGAACUCUUCCAAAAUAUCUAAAGGGUGCAAGGAGAAAGAAGGAGAUUCCAUCGUUUAAAGUGCCGUAUUCGGCAUCACCUUUUUACUACUUGCAUCAUGUUCUCCCUGUAUUAAAGAAGCAUUCAGUGGUUGAACUAGUUGUUUCCAAUGGCGGAUGCUUGCAGGCUACUCUUCCUCCCUCUUUCGAAGAAUAUCAAAGGCUGAGAUGUCGAGUUUCUUUUCAUGCUCUUCAGUUCCGACAGGAAGUUCACGAACUUUCUGCUAAAAUUUUGCAGAGGUUACGAGCUCCUAGUCGUCCAUUCAUUGCGUUUGAUCCUGGCAUGACUAGAGAGUCUUUAGCUUACCACGGCUGUGCUGAACUUUUCCAGGACGUGCAUACUGAACUCAUUCAACAUAAAAGAUUAUGGAUGAUAAAACGUGGGAUUGUCAAAGGGAAACUUAGAGUCAACUCAGCUGAAGCAAGACUGAACGGAUCCUGUCCUUUAAUGCCUGAGGAGAUUGGUAUACUUCUGCGUGCGUAUGGAUAUUCGAAGGACGCAAUUAUAUAUGUAUCUGGAGGAGAAGUCUUCGGUGGUCAAAGAACAUUGAUUCCUCUUCACGCGAUGUUUGAAAACGUUGUUGAUAGAACUUCUCUUAGUACUCCUUGGGAGAUGAUUAAAAUCUACGGACAAGAGGUUAACCUAGUUAAUCCUCCUCCCGGACCACCACCUUUCGAGGAAGUUAAAAAACUCGCGGCUUGGAAGAAUGCAGGUCCACGUCCCCGUCCACUUCCUCCUCCUCCAGCGAGACCAAAAUCGUAUAACAUAGAGGGUUGGUGGGGCUGGGUAGCCGAAAGUGAUAAUGAACCGGAUAACACAGUAAUGGAACUGAGGACCAAUGCUCAUAAGCUACUGUGGGAGGCUAUUGAUUAUGCGGUUUGUGUUGAAGCCGACGUGUUCAUUCCUGGAUUUGACCGUGAUGGGAAGGGGCAUUCGAAUUUUGCUAGCUUGGUGAUGGGACACAGGCUAUAUCAAUCGGCUGCGUCGAAGACAUUUAGACCUGACAGAAAGGAAGCUGCUAAAUUUGUAGACGAGAUUCGCGACCACAUGUAUCAAGCAAAUCGUACGUGGCUAAAAUCAGUUCGCAGGCAUUUGAGAAAAGCAUUAAUCGAUGGAAUAAUUGAAGCAUCAAGUAAAUCAAAAUCAUUAUCCUUUCUCUCUCAUCCAGUCCCUGAAUGUUCAUGUUUGCGGCAUGACUCCUUUGAAGCAUCAAAGAAUUCUUCCAUUCCUUUAUCUCUUGGUGUUACUCACCUGUGUCCUGCAUGGAUGGUCACUAGUCCAGUUUCUCAAUCGAAAGAUAAGGAAAAUGAAGACGAUGGUGAUGACGAUGAUUCUGUAUCCGGUUUAUUCUUUAAACAAAGUGGUGGAAAUAACGAAGGUGAUGCAGAAGUAAACACUAAAGAAGAAAAUCAGUUCGAGGAUCAAGAAGAGCUCGAGGGUGGUGACAGAUGACAUCCAAGAUAAAAUGUGGUGUUGAUGGUUCAUCUGACAAUCGAUAAUGGAUUCACAUUCCCCGGAUUCAUGUACAUAAUUGGAUGUUGCUUCCAACCGCUGCAUACCAGAUUUAGUUUCAGGUGAAGAAAUGAGUAAAGCCUAUCCGCGCCUUACUAAGGAACAUGGUUUUAAAUUGUGGCUGCAGCUCUGGUUAUGCCGCAAAUUUUUAAAAUGCGGCAAGAUGUGGCAUGCGGUGUUGUUGCAGAGACUUCAAAAUCCUUUCUAUUGCUCCCGCAAUUGCGGUUACACCGCAAUUCAAAAUCAUUUACUAGUAGAGAAUAAUAAUCUAUGUAACAUAAAGUCCUUAAAUAUAAGUUACCUGCUAAUUUAUUGAUAACAAUAUCAGUUUUGGUGUAACCUUGCAUGAUCCUCCUAGUUAAUAUUAGGCUUAAGUUCACUUUGGCUGUAUUUUAGUGAUGUAGCAAUGAGAACUUAGCUCCAUUUUUGUAUCUGAUAAGAUUAGUAAUUCAUCCUUUUCAUAUAUUGAAUGAAAAGAAUUAAGAAAUGGCAA